AUGACAUCUAUCGUUGGAUUGGAAAACCUCUUCAAAAAGGUUAAAGACUGCCCCAUAGGACUUUGGGUGCUCAAUUGCUUCUUCUAUAACAAUGCUUUGAAGGUGAUGAAAGUCACCACCGACAACAAGGUGGGUACAUUAUAUCCUCUUUCUGAGUAUCAGAAGGUCAUCUUGUUUAAUUUCGAUAACAUAGAACACUCUAUGGAAGUGGUGUUUGCUGAAAACAGUCCCGACAUUUCAAGAUCUUUAGAUGGCACUUCGGAUAUCACGGAGUUAAUGGAGCCGGUGAUGAGAUGCUGUAUUGGACUGUUCUUUAGACUAGGAGAAGUUAACAAUCUCUAUGAUAUAUUCAUAGCCAAGAUUCGUGAACUUGUCGAUACUUGGAAACCGCUAUCGAUUGCUAUGAAAGGGAAGUCGGAAGCCUUUAAGCUGGAAUUUUCAAGCUCCCCAAGGUACAGGCGCUAUGAAGAUUUGAGAGUUAUGUUUCACGACUGGAUAGAGAUACAUGCAGACUGA